CUCGCCCUCGUCCUCGUCCAACGCGACUGCCAACGGCACUGUUGACAUGGCGUCGUCCAUGCCGAGCUACUUUAUGCCGACCGGUCUGUCGCUACAGCAUGCGUUUGAAGGCGCCAGAAGGCGGUCCAUGUCGUACGGUAGCACCAAUGCCUCACUGAAAUAAUGAUGCCCACCCAUCGCCAUCACCUACUACCCACAUGCAUUAUUCCACUUUGCACAUUUCGCCUGUAUCAAAUCAAAAAAACACCACCUUUUAUUCUUGUCGCAGGAAUAAUAACAACAAUUAUUAAAAAAGAACCGAUAAGCAUUUUUUUGUUUGGUUGCUUUUUGUUGUUGUACCACGUCAACAAAAGGUCCAAGUGUUUGGGUCACAUUUCAUCAUAACAACACACACCUGCUCACUUGACGACAAUGCAUGAAAUGGACAACAGGGCGUCUUUUCGCUCUCAAAUGUGAGUUACGCCCCCCCCCCUCCUCUCUCUCUCUCUCUCUGCAUAAUAAACACAACACAGCUUCAAAUGUAUGCGCUAUAGCAACAUUGGCUGCUGUGACACCA